AUGACAAAUUCGAUAGGCAUCCCCGCUGAACGGUUUUUGUUGUUGCUGCCAAAUAGGGCGCCAUUUGUUAAUAAUUUUGUUUUUGUUUAAAAAACAAGGACAAGUUUGUGAAUUUUGGGGGCAGUGGUGAACCGUUGGGAAUUGCAGGUAUGACCGGAGCCGAUUUCAACGCCCGUUUGGCGGACAAUGUGCAGAAACUGGUCAGGAAUCUGUCCGGUCCGGAGGCUAGCCAACAGGAUUUGCGCAAGCGGGAGCGGACGGCAUGGGAGCAGCUGCGUCGGUAUCACUUUACGAGCACCAAUCACUUCGAGGUGAGACGCAUCAUGAACGAUCUGGUGGAGCGUUUCCGGGUGGAGGGUAUGUCCUCGUUCGGAGAAACCCUAAUGGAGCUGGCCAACAAGGUGCUGGCAAUACCGGGACAUCGCGGGAUGGGCCAGCCGGACAUGGAGUGGUCGCUGCUCGACUUUCUGCUCGCCAUGACUAACGAACCGGUGCAGAACAUCCGGCGCGAUCGGGAGCUAAUGACCCGGCGCCGGUUGCGCGGAAUCAGCGACGUUAAGGAGGCAGAGAUGACGGAAAAGCGGGCUGCAGAAGCCUGGAUCCCGCCCAAUUCGGUGGAAGCGGAGGUGGACUGGGUGGCGCUGCUAAGCGAGGAUUUCCUGGAACCACCAGACAUGGAUAGUUCGGACAGCUUAAGUGACUGGUCGGACGAAUCGGAUAAUGACUCAACCAGCACUUUGCAUCCUGAAGAGAAUAUGGGCACCUCGCUGGCCCUGCCCGAAAUGGCCCAUGUUUAUGAGCAGGCAAUGCAGGUGGCCGUUCCAAAUAGAAAUGGCAACGGCAAUACCAAGUAUCUGCCGCCCGAAUGUGCCGUCAGCGAAACUGCCAGCGACGUCUUCCGCAUCACCCAGCCGCAGGUGCUCAACCUGAACGGUUUUAGCUCUAAGCUGAAAAAGAGCAAGCUGCUUCAGUUACCGGCUCUCCAACCCCCGGCCGCCACCACCGAAUUGCAGACCAGUGAUCGAAAUACGGAUGUUCUUCAGCGGACAAUCCAUAAUCAUUGGUGGCGCGAAGACGUUAAGGUCUUUGCCCUGCCUGCAGAAGCGGAUCCGUUGGCCAACUUUGCCGUGAGCUACGUGCAGUUUUUGAACCACAGUAGCCGCGGUCUUUUGAAUCUACCGCUACCGAAAACCGUCACGGAGUCCUGUCUCGUCAGGGAAAUCCUGCUCAUGUUUGUGCGUCCGGAAAGCUGUUGUUUUUUCGAACUCAACAGUCCUGAGCGUCGCAUUCUUGUCCGCCCUAAUGUCAGCAUUUGCACAGUGUCAGCGCGUGCAUUGAAACGCUUUCUGGAAUAUGAUGUGGUGCCCGCGCUGGAGGAUAUGAUGGAGCUGCGACGCAUCAUCGAUGCCUACACACUGGCCUUUGAUGGCAGCGUAACCGGCACCUUGGAGUGCUUUGCCUACGGCUUGAGGGAUCUUGUCCGACCAAUUAGCCAGCUACUCAUCGCUUUCGAGGAGCGUGUCGUUAGGGAGCCCGCUAAGAGUACGCUGGUCCACUUUGUGUUUGAGUUCAGGCCACACUUUCGCCAGCUGAAGUUGCUGCGCAGCCUGGCCAAAGAUGCCAUCCUGGAACGAGGUCCUCCACACCUGCGUAGCGCCUACUUGCUAUCCAGACUAUAUAACCACACAAAGCCGCAGGUGCUGCACCAGAAACUAGCGACAGCCCUGCUCUUGGUGUCCCUCAAGCGCUACUGCAACAUCAUCGACUCCUGGUGGCGCAGGGCCACGCUGGAGGAUCGCCUGAACGAGUUUAUAGUGGAGAGAUGGGUCGAGGAGGACACCGAGCGAAGCGGCUAUGUGCGCAAGCGUUGCGUGAGUUCGAGCGAAGGUUCUGAGGCCGUGGAGAUAUUCAAAAAGCUUCACGAGUGCCCCUUUUACCAGCUCCUGCUGAAGCACGCUUUGGAGUCGGGUGAAACGCAGGAUCUGCUGGCCAACGUUAAUUUACUUGGCGAUAUGCUGGCCAACAACAACGAAAGCCAGCCGCGCUCACUCUACGAGGAGCUGACCGCCCAACUCUUCGCCCAGCUAAGAAUCUACUGCAGCAACGUUCCGACGGACGAGGAAGCUCAACCGGAGGGGAAAAAAGAUCUGCGUAGGGCGUCCGACGAACAGUUGGUGAAGAACGCGCAAGGCAUUCACAAUCUUGAUCUAAUGGCCAUAUUUACGCGACCGGCGAGGGAAAGGAUUUUGGAGCGACAACGCCACAGCGAGAACAAAACGCCAAUGCAAGUGAUGGAGGUUUUCCGGCGCUUGGAGCAAUCCACUUGCCUGCAGCUGAAGGACGAGCUGCCGGAGGCUCUGCGCAAGCUUCUGCAAAGGAGGCAGUGUCUGGCGAACGAGUACGCGAUGCGAGCUUAUUGCGUGGACUUGCAACUUGGCGAGGUGUCGCGAUUCCUGCGGCACACAAUGAUGCUGGAGGCGUACUAUCUGCUCCUGCCCUUCUACACCGCACUCUUCACACGCAUCGAAAAGAGCGAGGACUGGGCGCAGAAUUCGCGGCUUAAUGCCAAACUCUACGAGGUGCUGUUCCCGCACUACGCCCAUUUGGCCGAUAACCUUCAGUUGAAGGUGAUAUCCAAGGUGGCCUGCGUCUCAAACAAGGUUCACGAGGCAGUGGACGCCCUGGAACUGUACUACGACCUGCCAGUGGCCAUGCAGCGCGUUGUCACACCGAAACACAUGCAGGGCUACAAUUCGGUGUGGCGACUCAUGUUGAAGGUGAAGUGGGCCGUCUGGAAGCUGGAGAACCUUGUCUUUCUGCGUCGCCUCGAGGGAAAUCCGUACGCGCCCUUGGACCUGCUCGGCCUAACGAUUCGCCGGCUGGAGAUCCUGCGCUUUUGGAUGAUUUACGUGAUCAACAGCCUGCACACACACAUCAUGCAGGUCGUGGGCCAGCAGUUUGAGCUCCAGAUUGGCCAGUGCCAAAACAUCCGGGAGUUGAGGACCCAGCACGACGAGCAUGUGUUGCUGCUAAGGACCCACUGCUUGCUGACCGACGAGUUCACAGCCUUUCGCAACGCCCUCGAUCAGCUCUUCCACUUGGUAUUCGUGCUGGACAUGGAGUGGACCUGCUGCACCUGCUAUCUGGGCGACAACGAUGCCCUCAGCCUGGAUGUCAGCCAAUCGGAGAACGGCGAUGCCGAAAACGAGUCGAACGGUCGGGGUCUGGAGUACCUGGCCCUUAACCAGGUGGUGGAGAUCGAGAUGACAUACAUACGGUGCCAUCAAACGCUCGCCGAGAUUCUCAAUUCGCUGGUUUACAAGCACGACUACGGUUUCCUGACCGCGUUGGAAGUGGCAUUCAACACGAGUGUGCCCUAUUAAAUCUGAAUCUCCUGAAAGGAUUGUUAGCCAUUGCCAUACGAAUCAUUACCAUUGAUCGAAUAUUCCCAUACCCAAAGUUAAUUGAAUAAAACCUUUUGUUGAAACCUGA